AUACACUAUUUCUAAUAUUUUUAGAAAUUUAACAUUUUAAAAUAAUAUUCUUUGAUUUUUUUUUACAUUCAUCCCUAACCCGAAGGCUCAACGGCGGUGAUCCUACUCGAACAAAUUUGCAAUUUUUCCCCUGGCCUCCUCUUCACUCCGAUUCCGCCGGCGGAUCAAUGGGUAUUUUCAGAUCAGUUAAAACGCUGAUUUCUCGAACCAGAACCCUCAACGGCGGUGAUCUUCGUAGAACCUUCUUCACCGCAGCCUUCUCUUCAUCCUCGCCGCCUCUCUACACCGAGCCCUCCGCCUACAUCCGCCGCCGCCACUUUCUCGCGCGCCCUAACCUCUCAUAUCCUACCUUCUGCGGCGCCACCGCUGUCGUUUCGAACUCUUUUCCCGUUUUUCUGUCCUCUCCGCCCUGGAAGCUCUCACAAUCCACAAAGCCUUUCCACCUCCAUCCCAAGCUCGCCCUCCUUCGAGCCAAAGCUCUCAAUUUGAAAUUUCCCUGCAGGCUAGGGCUUCAGUCCGCUUCCCCUGCUCCGAUACUGAUUCUUAAUGGACCAGAGGAAAAGCAAUUUCUUGAAUCUCAGCCUUCUCAAGCCGUUGCUGGAAUCAAAGAUAGCUUUGUCAAUUUCCCAAAUUUUAUUUCGUUCAGCCGGUUGCUUUCCGGCCCAUUACUCGCGUGGAUGAUCACUCAAGAUAUGUAUGUUUCUGCAUUCAUUGGGCUUGCUUUUGCUGGUGCAAGUGACUGGUUAGAUGGGUAUGUGGCCAGGAAGAUGGGGAUAGAUUCCGUGGUUGGUUCCUACCUUGACCCCCUUGCUGACAAGGUGCUGAUUGGAUGUGUGGCCCUGGCAAUGGUUGAGAGGGGUCUUUUGCAAUCUCAACUUGUUACACUUGUGGUGCUACGUGAUGUUGCCCUCGUUGGUGGUGCUGCUUACAAAAGAGCUGACAGUUUGGGAUGGAAGUUGACAAGUUGGUCAGAUUACUUCAACCUAGAUGGAAUGCGUCCCCAGAAAGUAGAGCCUCUUAUGAUUAGCAAGGUCAACACCUUCUUCCAAUUGGUCUUAGUUGCAGCAGCCCUACUUCAACCAGAAUUGGGCAAUGCAGGAACCCAAACGUGUAUCGACUACUUGAGUUGGAUAGUUAUGUUCACAACAGUAACUUCAACUGCUGCCUAUGGUUCCCAACACCUCAAGACUCCAUAAAGAAAAGGUUUUUGUUUGAGGUGAUGCUGUUUUAUUUACUAACUACACUAACCAAAGCUUUUGAUAAUCCCCUCCCCUCAAUCUCCAAGUAAGUUAGGGUUGAUGGCGUUUAAUUUGGUGUCAGUUAAUACAGUAGUAUAAUACGGAGUAAAAUUUAGCGAAACGAUAAAAUAAUGUGAAAUGCAUAGUGGGAACUGGGAACAUUUUAAGUACGUCGAGGGUGCUUGUUGCAACAUUAAUUACGUAGCUUGUUUUUUUUC